AAAUUAACCCUAUCACACUGCCCAGGCGAGGUAACCACUCAACUCUGCUGGAACGCCGCUCGAUCGAUCGAGAAGAAUGGAGAGAUCGCAAACCCUCGCCUCCGCCUCUCUCCUCCUCUUGAUAUCCUCCUCCCUCUUCUUCACUUCUUCCGCGUUACCUCGGAGGUGGCGGCCGCCGCAGUUUCUGGGGCGAUUUGCGCGGCUCGGUGUUUCCAAUCGGGCGACGUAUCAAUACGAGGAGCGGUACUUCCGGCAGCCGCUCGAUCACUUCAGCUUCGCCGACCUUCCUUCCUUCCAACAACGCUACCUCAUCGCCGGCGUCGACGCCUGGGCCCUCCCCUCCGGCCCCAUCUUCUUUUAUUGCGGAAACGAGGGCGACAUCGAGUGGUUCGCCGCCAACACCGGCUUCGUCUGGGACAUUGCCCCUCGCUUCUCCGCCCUCAUCGUCUUCGCCGAGCACCGUUACUAUGGCAAGUCUAUGCCCUAUGGAAGCAAAGAGGAGGCAUAUAAGAAUGCUGAUUUUUUAUCAUAUCUCACAGCUGAGCAAGCGCUUGCUGACUUUUCUGUGUUGCUUACUGACCUAAAGCGUAAUUUUUCAUCAGAAGAUAGCCCAGUUGUGCUAUUUGGGGGUUCCUAUGGGGGAAUGCUGGCUGCUUGGAUGAGGCUUAAGUAUCCCCAUGUCGCCAUAGGUGCACUUGCUUCCUCUGCCCCUAUUCUUCAAUUUGAAGACAUUGUUCCACCCGAUACAUUCUAUAACAUUGUCUCCAAAGACUUUAAACGAGAAAGUUUAAGCUGCUUUAAAACCAUAAAGGAGUCCUGGGAUGUACUGGAAGCUCAAGGGACAGAUAAUGAUGGUCUUCUCAAACUCAGUAAAGACUUUCACUUGUGCAGGAAUCUUAACAACACGGAUGAACUUUCAGACUGGUUGAAUUCUGCCUACAGCUAUCUUGCUAUGGUGGAUUACCCAUAUCCGUCUGACUUUUUGAUGCCAUUACCCGCAAAUCCAAUAAAGGAGUUAUGCAGAAAAGUCGACAAUUUUCCUAAUGAGACUGGUAUCCUAGAGCGCAUAUUUGCCGGAGUAAGCAUCUACUACAAUUAUACUGGAAAUGUUGACUGCUUUGAUUUGGAGGAUGACCCACAUGGAAUGAGCGGAUGGGAUUGGCAGGCUUGUACAGAGAUGGUUAUGCCGAUGUCGAGCAACAAAGACAAUAGUAUGUUUCCAGAAUUUGAUUUUGAUUAUGCUGCAUACCGAGAUGAGUGUGUUCAGGAUUAUGGUGUCAGGCCUAGGCCUCGGUGGAUUACAACUGAGUUUGGAGGUCAUGAUAUCAAGACCACAUUGAUGAAAUUUGGCAGUAAUAUCAUAUUCUCAAAUGGAUUGUUGGAUCCUUGGAGCGGCGGCAGUGUUUUGCAAAACAUAUCAGAUAGUAUCAUCGCGCUAGUAACUGAACUAGGGGCACAUCACAUAGACCUGCGCGCUGCUACCGAUGAAGACCCUGAGUGGCUGGUAGAGCAGAGAUAUUCAGAGAUCGAACUCAUCAAAGGUUGGCUAUCUGAAUAUUAUAAACAAAAGGCAUCCUCUUUCAUCAAGUAGUUUCAAAGUCUUAAUCCGUCUUGAACUAGCUGAAACUGAUAAGAUCAUAAACUCGUUCACAUUAAGUCUUUGUCAGAUUUGCUAGGAAACUGAUAACCAUGUGGUAUUGAUGCCUUUGUGCAAGUAGGAACUUCUUUAGAUGUUCUAUGGUUGCAAAGUAGUUCUACUUUGACUUUGGCAUUCAAGUAAAAGCUAGACUAGGCUUCAAGCAAAGCAUUGAAGUAAACAUGAGAAUAAAAGAUAGAAAAGUGUAUCUGUGGGACAUAAUGUAGUGAAAGAUUGCUAACUUUAUUUAUGAUGUCA